GCACUGUUCGCACCACGUUCGCCAGGUCGCCCGCUUACGCCUACGCACGCAUACAUACAUACGCGCACAUUCCGGUUCCGCUCGAUUUCGUUUCGGUUCUCUCCUCUCUUUCUCUCCCUCCCCUUCUUCUUCUUCUUCUUUGACUGGUCUCUUCGCGAUCUCUCUUAUCCGGUCCUCCCCGUUGAUCCUCCUUUCUCUGCCUCCUUCUCGUUUCUCUCUCUCUCCGUUUCUCCUUUUGCUUCUCCCUCUUCUUCUCAUUCCUUCUGCUCGUAUCUGCAUCCUUACGCCGUUCCCUCCUCCUGCGUUGUAUGCCUCUUCCUUGCCGAAGAGUAUCAUCACCGAUCGUUCCCACGAUCACUGUCGCGACCGCCAGCGGUCGAGGAGGCAGCAGUCGUUGCGCGUAUCUGCGUGUAGUACUCGUCGCGUGCACCAACCGGACUCGAGGAGGAUCAGCGAGGAUCGCGCGAUUGUAACUGGUAUCGCUGUGAGCAGUCGAUCGGUCUUGUACGUGGAAGAUUCAUCGUUGGGCAGGACAUGUCCUGAUCCGUGUAAGACGCCUGUCCGGAACGGUGCGACGACGAGAACAACGACGACGAGCAAAGAGAGACGACGAGCGAAAGAGAGGCUUGCCUUCUUCUUGUCUGGAUCAGCAUCUCUGGCACGCUCGACGACCCGACCGGCACACUUAGCGUGCACCGAAAGGAGGAUUGACUUUCUCCGGUUGAUAGGCAAGCUGUUUGCACCAGCAAGUUCUUCGGCUUCGCUGCGAGAGAACGCGACGAGAAGGAGGAACAAUAACGCGCAGGCACGAGGAUAAAAAAUCACGUCGCUGAAUGACGCUACACGAAAGUCCUCUUUGAGAAACUUUGGUGUGUCCUGUGUCUGGAAUAAUAACAGCGGAAACGCACGCUCGCACUUCCGAUUUCGACGACGGUGAUCUGAUCUCGUGCUGUGAUCUCGGCAAGUGAACACUUCGGUGAACGCUUCGAUCAGAAUGAGGGUGCAUCGCGGGAUCUGCGCCAAACUGCAGGGCGGCUUCCUCAGACGAUGGUGGGCGGCCGUCGCGGUAGGAGUGCUGAUGAUAAUUCUAGCCGCCGUUUUGGCAGUUCUAUUUCCAAAUCUUAUCGACCUGGUGCUGGAUAAGGAGCUCGCGAUACGAGACGGCGGUCGCACAUACAAAUGGUGGAAAGAGCCGCCGGUGGUGCCGAUGAUGAAGGUUUACAUUUACAAUGUGACGAAUGCUGAUGAAUUUCUUAACAAUGGCGAGAAACCGGCGCUGCAGGAGCUGGGUCCGUACGUUUACAAGCAGCAUUGGCAGAAAGAGGACAUCAAAUUCAACGACAACGCAACCGUCACUUAUAAAGUGAAGAAAACAUUCGUUUUCAUGCCGGACAUGUCGGCCGGAUCCGAAGAAGAUCUGGUAGUCGUACCGAAUGUUCCUAUGCUGUCAGCUACCAGUCAAUCUAAGCAUGCUGCUCGAUUCCUACGACUGGCAAUGGCAUCCAUCAUGGACAUCCUGAAGAUUAAACCAUUUGUCGAGGUGUCGGUUGGUCAGCUGCUCUGGGGUUACGACGACCCUCUGUUGAAGCUAGCCAAGGAUGUCGUACCAAAGGAGCACAAGUUACCGUACGACCAAUUCGGUCUGUUCUACGGCAAAAACUCCACCUUUCCUGACGUGUACACGAUAUUCACGGGCUCAAGCGACAUCACCAAGUUCGGCAUGCUGGAUAGGUGGAACGGCAAGGACGGCCUGGGUUUCUGGACCACGCCGGAGUGCGACUCCGUUAUGGGCACCGAUGGUAGCAUCUUUCCACCACACAUCACCAAGCAAACUGUACUCAAGGUCUUCGACAAGGAUCUCUGUCGGACAUUGCCUCUGGUUUACCAGCGUGAUGUGAUAGCGGCCGGUGGAGUUCCCGGCUACAGAUUUUCUCCUCCAACGAACGUCUUCACCACCGUGGAAAAUUUACCGUCGCAACAGUGUUAUUGCCCAGCUGGACCACCCUGUGCACCAGAGGGCACGUUCAACGUCUCUCUAUGCCAGUACGAUUCCCCUGUUCUACUCACUUUCCCGCAUUUCUACCUCGCCGAUCCAGCUUUACGAGAAGCCGUAACGGGCAUAUCACCGCCGGAAGCCGAAAAACAUGAACUCUAUAUCGAUGUGCAGCCGAUAAUGGGCACGGCCAUGAAAGCGCGAGCGAGAGUACAGAUAAAUCUCGCGGUUAGCCAGGUGCGAGACAUCAAACAGGUCGCCUCGUUCCCUGACAUCGUUUUUCCCAUUAUGUGGUUCGAGGAUUGCGUCGACGAGCUUCCUCCAGAAAUGCGUACUCUAUUAAAAUUGGCAGUGGAUCUACCACCGGUGGCCCGUGCUGCAGUUUCCGGCGUCCUCGCUGCGAUCGGCGCCAUCGUCUUGCUGGGUGCACUCAUGUGUCUGGCACGCGCCGCCAAACGCCAAGAGAAGCUGCAUCUCAGCAACCCAUUGCCGGCAAACGCCACGAACACGAAGAAUGGUCAGCUAAAUCCAGCUUUCAGCAACUAAAGUGUGAACUUCCAGGUAUACGGCGAAGAUGAUCGCGUUAUACUCACGCGAAUCCGCGCGAGUGUUUCGAGGACUUGUACGAUAAUUUUAUAUAUAAUAUCUUAUAGGCGACGGGCAUGUGCUUUAUUUUUAUUAGGAUCCAUGGUGAUUUAUCGCGAAUUUUGCGAGAGAAAAAGAGCGGGGAAGUCUGCUCCUCGCAUUACGUGAAUUUUAUUGAUUACACGAAUGCCGAUAUACUUUAGAUUAUUUAUGUUGUGUUACAUGUGUUUUCCCAUCUUAUCGGUUGUCUGAUGCUUAUUGACAGAUAGAUAAAUGGCGUAAGUGUAAAUAAAUCGCGAAUAACGAUUAGCAAGGAACUUCGUGAAAUCGUAUUCGAGAUUUCUUCGGUAUUCUUUUAUCGCAAUAAAAAUUAUCACAUAAAAUACAUAAUUUUAUAGCGCGACAAUACGUAAUUGACAUUAAUUUAUGCAGAAACGACUUCGAACAUUCAUUAAUGAGGGUAACGUUUUAGGAAAAUAAGGAAUAUAAAUCAAGUAAUGUUUGUAACAUUUUUCUUAGAACUACAAAAACUGAAGUCAAAUUAUUCUUUCGCAAUGGAAACUCCACGAUUUUUUACGAUGUAUUAUACUUUACGAUAUAUGACAUUUACGAUGAUGUUUAUGAUACACCGUUCCUUUAUCAGGAUUAUUAAUAUUAACAAGCUAUGCCUUGCUUCACGACCUAAUCGUUCGCAGAAUUUUACAUCAUUUACGUCAUUUAAUCGUGACAGACAACAUAAACAAUUAUUGCUGCAAAUAAGGAUUGCUGACGUAAGGAUCGAACAUAAAAUUAAUAUUCCGUCCAUAAUGUGUCUUAAGGUCGAGCUAAGAUCGCGAUUUUCAUUCAGAUUGCGCGAGUGUAUUGCGAUGGGGGAGUUUAGUAAUCGGCACGCACAUAUCGCAGCAGUAGCAUAGUGACAGAAGUUUUUUUUCUGUAUAUAGAACUUGGUCGUGUCGUUAUCGUCUACCGAUUGUAAUUACCAAGAAUAUUUCUUGUUAUCCGUUUGUACAUGUAUUACUAUUAUACGAAAAUAGUUCACAAACAUAAGCCGGAAUUUAUUUAUAGUACAUAAUUAUAGCUAAAUUCCGGUUUGAAUUUUUAAAUUUGUCUUUGUGUAUUAUUAUUAUAAAUAAGUAUUAUAUAUAAGUAAUAUUACUAAUAGAUUAUAAUUAGACAUAAUAAAUAAAUUACUUUUUUACAAGAUCAAAAGAUGCCAAAUGGAUUGCGUGCGCAAAUCAGGUUAUCGGUGUCAGUGUAAUCUAAUACACUUUAUUAAUAUUUAAUUGCGCAUGCAUAAGUAAAUUCUACGAAAAAAGGAUUAUGAAAGAAAAUCGAUUUUUAUUUGAAUUCUGGAUAAAGGAAGCUAAGGAGGAAAGAAACUUUUCUAUUUUUACCUAUCAAUUUAUUUUUAUUUGUUGUUUUAAUAUAUUCCUUUUCGUUCGAUCUGAAAAUUUAAAUAAAAAUCGAAUUUUUCUUCGAGCACCCGUUCUUUCAACAAAGUACCGAACGGAUUAAAAAUCGAAAAACAAAUACAAGUGGUGAGGAAAAUAUAUAAGAUUAAAUGUUUGGUGAAAUUGGUCAAUUGGAUGUUUAUGAUCAUUCCACUUUCACAUCACUCAUGCGAUAUUGACGCAAGCAUUGCGACACAGAUAUUAUAUGCAACAUUACGCGUAUCAUUACACACAUGCACACACAAUCGAUAGCUUGUGCGUGCGCGCGUGUAACUGUAUAUUAUACGCAAGAAAGACUUUUGUACUGAUAUGAGAAAAAAUGAGUUUUACUGGCGUUUGAGGAAUUAAAGAUUUACUUCCCUUCUUGGAAUAUCUCGUUAAAUGGAGGUUAUCAGUGCAUCAAUGUGUAAAAUGGAAAAAAUAAAUACAUCACAUCUGAUAUCCGCAUCCGCGGAUGAAGUGGAACAAAUCAUGUAUGACGGUGAUUGAAGAGAUCGUUAAUAUUCUUUUCUUGUGUUCUCUCUUAGGAAAUUAUCGUUCGACCGAUUUAUAUCAUCAAUGAUAUCCGGAGAAAGAUAACUUACAAAUACUGCUGUUAAUAAAAAAUUAAAUCAUUCG